AUGUCCGUCGAGCGCAAGCGGGCCAUUCGCCAGCUGCAGCGCGAGGUCUAUGACCUCGAGUGCACGCUGCGAGCAGGCCGACGCAGCCAAACGACACAGCUACCGUGGGAAGACGUGGCGGUCGCACUCAAAAACGAUUUUUUGGCGCUGGUUGCCGACCACCGGGCGCUCAAGCGGCGCGUCGACGACCAGCGCCAGCUCCUCGCGCAGAUGCACACAUGGGUCCACCGCAACCUCCGCGCGGCGUCCGACGACCCGCAUGCCGCGACGUGUCUUCUUCGCGGCUCCACGGCAUCGCGCGAGAUGGCGCUCGCGUGGCUCAUUCGCCAGCAGUACGAGCACACGAUGGCCGUCAUGGGGAAGCACGUCUACCCCCUCGACCCGACGACCGAGCUCGUCGACAUUGGCUAUUCGUUCGGCGACACCGACGACCCGAAUGCAUUUGCCGUGCACGUCACGACACAGUCGCUGCUACCGUAUGCGCUGCCGAUUGCGGCCGCCGGUGUCUGGGAGGCCGAGCGGUCGUUUCCCGCGGUCUUUUGUGCCGCCGACACCAACCGCAAGCAUGUCACGCGCGACCUCUGCGUCCGCGGGCAAGACGUCGCCUACACCCACGAGGCGAUGGCGCUGUCGCGGGAGUCCGUUGUCGCCGACACGGUGCUCUUGGGGCGCCUGAAUGUGAGCGCGACCCGGACCAUCCUCGUGCUGCGAACGAUCGGCCACGACGACGCGCACCCGAUCGCACCGCGGUCGUGGCGCUGUCCCGUGUUCCAAUGGUACUAG